GUGAGGAUACAGGAUAUUUGUGACGCUGGGGCUGUAGCGACAAAAUUGUUUUCAUGAAUGUGGUUUUAUUCAGAGGAAGAUGGCAACCUUUCUGACUCCGAUCUGUGACGCCAGAGAAAAUAGGUCAUCGAGUGGAUUGCUGAUUAUCGGCUGAAUCCAGAUUAUCAGCACCGACCUGUUGUUGUUUUCUCAGAGAUGUUAAAGUUAUGGAUGUAACGGCGGUGGAGAAAGUGUUCUUUGGGGACAUUUCGGGUGAAUGAAAACGCAGAUGGAGACUGAUCUAAAACUAGAAUCAAGUUUGUGGGUCGGAAAUAAGAGACACCUGGCUGUCCUGACAGGCUGGCAUCUCAGAUGGACCGAGGCGGACAAGAAGAACCCAGAUAAGAAAACUGUUUCAGUUCCUGUGGCGGAGGUGGUGGGAGUGGAGGAGGGCCGGGUGGAGAUCCUGCCUCACAAGUCUGUAGAAGAUACAGGUAGAGACUUCACAGUUUUCUAUGUAAAGCGUAGCAACAGCAGGACAACCUCUGGGCUGCUGUGGAGACUGGGCCGGACCCAGUUUUCCUGCCCCAGUCGUGUCCUCAGAGACCAGUGGACGAAACACCUAUUGACAGUGCUCAAAACACAUAGUCCCCUGCGUCCACACAGGCUGCUGGUUUUCAUCAACCCGUUUGGAGGAAAGAACAAAGGAAGACAGAUCUACCACUCACUGGUUGCCCCUUUGUUUGAGCUGGCUGGUAUCAGCUCACAUGUGAUAGUGACUGAACGGGCCAACCAUGCCAGAGACCACCUCCUUAAGAAAGACCUGACAGGCUUUGACGGCGUGGUAUGUGUGGGUGGCGACGGCAUGUUCAAUGAAAUACUUCACGGUGUGAUUGGGAGGACACAGCAAGAGGCAGGCCUUUCUGAGAACGAUCCUGCGGUCACUCUGCAGCAAUGUCCGCUCCACAUUGGCAUCGUCCCUGCAGGCUCCACAGACUGUGUUUGCUACGCCACAGUGGGAGUGAUCGACCCUGUUACCUCAGCUUUGCACAUUGUCAUUGGAGACUCUCAGCCUUUGGAUGUGUGUUCAGUCCAUUAUGGCCCUGGUCAGGUGCGAUACUCAGUGUCUCUUGUCGGCUAUGGCUUCUAUGGUGAUGUGCUAGCUGAGAGUGAAAAACACCGCUGGAUGGGACCGUUCAGAUAUGACUACUCAGGUGCAGUGGUGUUCCUGAGUAACAGAAGCUACAGCGGCACAGUCCAGUAUCUGCCGGCAGACCCGCUGCUGUCCAGCCCGAGGGAUAAAACCCGCUGCUUGUCUGGGUGUGGUGUUUGUUCCAGAAGCACCGAGAGACUUUUCAGGAACUCUUCAGAUUCAGGUUCCCUGUACAGCUCUUACUCUGGUCCAUUCAGUAAUGACUCAGAAGGUGAGUGGGUGAGUGUGGACGGUAGGUUCAAGUGUGUGUCUCUCACAUGUAUGUCCAGCUCGUGUGCCAAAAGUCCUCUGGGUCUCUCUCCCUCUGCCCACCUGGCUGAUGGAACUGGAGAUCUCAUCCUAGUAUGGGAUACCAACCCUCUGGGUUUCCUCAAAUACCUCCACAGGCACACAACUACUCAGGAUCAGUUUGACCUGCCUUUUGUGGAGGUCCAUCGUGUGAAGGCAGUGCGUUUUGCCUUGGCAGGCAGAGGAGAGGAAGCAGAGGACAAUGAAAGUCUGAGUAAUGGGAUGGAUGGAGAAGAUGGAGGACAUGUCGAAAAUGGAAGCAGAGCUGGAUCUCUGCAGCACCUGGCAGCGGGAGCUAAGGGACAAACGAUGACAAGCGAGGACAAAACAGUAACUCCCUUCAUGUGUGGCCUUUGCUGCAGAAAGACUCCUGCUGUGUCAGUCUGGAACUGUGAUGGAGAAAUGCUGCCUUUCCCUGAGAUCUUCUGCAAGAUUCAUGGCCAGUUGGUGCAUCUCUAUGCCAGGGGCAUCGAGGACGGGACUUCCUUAAGAGACUGCACUGAGGAGAGGGUCGAGUCCAACACAACGUGCAUCCUACAAAGAUGAAGUCUGAAAAGUGAUAAAAGAU